AUGUUUGAAUCCGCUCUUUUAUGGUUUUUUUUUCUCUCAACAGAGCGUGGCACAGGCUUGCGUCACAAAGUCCGUAGAUGGCCAGUGAGUGUCUAUACUGGGCGUAGUCACAAGCUGGUCAUCCCUGAGGGAACUCCAGACAAGAAGUUCGUUUUGCUUGUUGGAGACUCCCAUCUUCGCGCUGUUGCUGAUGGGAUAGUCAAAAUGCCAGGAGAAAAGCUGUCUUUUGGCAUUAUGGCAACUCCCGGUGCCGACGCUAAUCAGCUGCGUACAGAGGUUUCAUAUGCGGUGAUUCCCCUGGUCCCAGACGCAGUCUGUCUCAUGGCACCCAGCAACAACCUUACGGCCAGCCGAACCGUUGAUGAAGCGGGACAGGCUUUUAGCCAAUAUUUGAGGACAGCGUGCGAACGCUGGCCGAAGGUCUUUGUGGUGGAUUUUGUCCCGCGACUUACGGUCCCAGGGGAAUACCAAGAGCUCAUGCGGCAAGAGUUCCACCGUCAGUCAGUACGUCUGGGUGUCAAGUAUUGGCACAUGGCUGACCAUUUCCCCCUGGGACGUCGGGAGUUGUGGUGCCCUGAUGGUAUCCACCUUAGUGAUAACGUUGGGAUGCCAAUCCUUGUGCAGUUGCUGUGGGGUGCCGCCUACCAGCAACUGGAGACACCAGCACCUGUGCCACCGGUGCAACGCCAGGUGUCUCCUAAGCCAUCUGUGCCAAGGAUUGCUCCCAGAGUGGUUGUGAAGGGGGAGGUACCAGCUACACGUCCACCCCCUUCCGAGUGGACGCUGGUGGAAUCGGGCAGGAAGAGGAACCAUUCGGGAGAAGCUGGGCCUGCCCCUGCUUCACCCAAGAGGAGGGUGGUUCCCCGCCAGGUUUGUUUUUAUCUUUUUAGAUUAAACAGUUACAUGAUAAUAGUUUAGGUUGUGUGAUUGUAUUUAUUUAUUUAUUUUCUGUUAGAAAAGUGUUACACAGAAAUUGCCUGAAACUAUGUUUGUGCAUUUAUUUUGCAGGCGGAUGGCACUCCGGUGGCCUUAAGGGAGUGUUUCAUCCCACUCAAUCCUGUCCGAUUCUCUACAUCUAUUCUGGCUGCCAUGGAUAAGUCUUUUCCAUCGGCUCUUGGCGACUCUCCUACAGGCAAACAGCCCUUGCCUGAGGAACCUCGUCGCAGGUCUGCUGUCAUUAAGCAGAAGCGGGUUAGGCAGCAGAGGACACCUACAACAGACGCAGCGUUGGAAAAGGUUGAGGCCACACCAAGCCUGGUGUCUGCCUGUGACGUGCCAGGGCCCACCUGUUCCGAGGCGGUUCCGAUGGCUGUCCAGGUGCCAGCAGGUGGUGGCUUGCAGCGCACACAAGAAGCCACCACAGGUAGGAGUGCCUCUAACCCUUGUUUGUGUUCUACAGGCCCACCGGUUCCUCUUGUUUCAGGGACUACAGUUCAAACUGUUUCUGAUAACGCUAAUGAUGCACUCAUUUCAUGUAGUGUUGUAGCUGCAGCCAAACACAUAGUAUCUCCUGUUUGUACUUGGCGACCGUCAGAUGUGGAUCAGGUCACUGUAGAAGGGAAGAAGUUAGAAGCAUUUAUGGCUAGGGAAAGUCAGAAAAGUGGCAGAGAAAAGGAGCUAUGCAAGUUGGUUGAGCAGCAUAGUGUGUUAGGUAGGAGGUGGAAGGUUAAGACAGGUUGGGUAGUUCGUGGAGAUUUUGACGUGUCUGAUGAGGAGUUACAAAUGCAAGAGAAGCUACAGGAGUAUUUGGUUCGGGAUGGGAUGUGUCUUCUGGAUCUCCAUGAUGCUGUAAGUCUGGUUAUCCAGCACAAUGAGUACUUUGCCGUUGUAGAUUGUGGGAUACGCAAUAAUGAGGGUUUGGCAACAGGAACUGGAACCUCAGUUGUUGUGUUCAACACCUGCUUCAAUGACCUGAUGCUACACAUCGGGAACCUGAAGAAGUCGUUGGAUGCACGGUGGUAUGGUGUUUCCAGAAUUAUUGUAGAGGAGAGUAAUGUGGAUUUAGAGAGAGAUGUAGCAUUUGCUGAUGUCAGUUCUCCUAGUUAUGUUAGAUCACUCAGGGGAACCUUUCAUCAGGGCGAUUCUCGUUUUUUGUAUGGUGGCCUUCAGUGUGCAGCAGUAAGCUUAGUAGCAUUGGCUAAACAUUCUGUAGACAGUGUGUUUACAUGGCAGUCUGAAACUUUGGAUAAGGUGGUAGUUUUAGGUGAUGAGCUUUAUAGUUAUUUGCGUGACAGUGAUUUGAUCAGUGGUGGACAUGAACUGCUCUGUGUUUCGGAUUUGCCCAAAGAGAGAGUUAUUGAUGGGCAGAGGUUUGACUUUGAGUAUGGAGAUUAUGUUGCAGGACAAGUAGGUGUGGUUGAGGGAGAAUUUAUUGAUGCAGGUGUGCACACCACUCUCCGUGACGGAUUGGAAAAGGUGUGCACAAAGUAUGAAACCUGCUUUUUGACACUGAGUGGCAGCACUUCUGCCAUCAUCAGUCACGAGGGACAGUAUGCAGUUGUCGAUUCCCAUGCACGCAGUGCAGAUGGGAUGGUUGAUGAGACAGGCAAUAGUGUAGUUGUUUAUUUCAGUAGUUUUGAUCAGGUGUACAACUACAUACACAGGCUUUCUGAUGCUCUCAAACAAACGUUGUUUGAGAUCAGUGGAGUAAAGGUGAUUUGCAAAGUGACUCAGAGUGAAAGUCAGCAGUUUUCUGUGGGUUUUGGAGAUGAUGUGCAAUUAGUGAGUGAGUUUAGUUCUAGUUUAGGUGAGUUUACUGACCAGGCAACGUUGAGUUUUGACAGCCAAAGAGAUAAGAAGCGGAAGGUAUCCUUGAGAAAUUUGACAUCAAAGAGGACAAAGUGGACUGAUGCUGACCAAGUCAACUCUGAUGUUGAAUUUGUCAAUGAUAUUCAGACUAGAAGUUUAGUAUUCAAUCCAGUUUCUAAGGAGGUUUCAGAGGCUUUGUGUAAACAGCUUAAUAUAGAAUCCGAGAAGGUUGAUGCUGUACCUUCUGCUAGUGGUGUGUUAGGUGCACCUUGCCUUACUGAAAAAAUAGUCGGGGAUGGGAGUUGUUUUUUUCGUUCUAUUAGUCAGGCCAUUUCUGGAACUCAGAAAAAUCAUAGGAAAAUUAGGCUAGCUGUUGUUAAACAUUUAGAAAGCAAUCCUCUUACAUAUAAGAGUAUUUUGAGAAGGGAGUAUUCUUCAGUUUCUCAAUACAUUAAAAUGUCAAAGAUGCACCUUGUUAGUAGUUGGGCUACAGAGGUAGAAAUUCAAGCAGCAGCAGAUUGUUUAGGUAUAAAUGUUUUUACAUUCUUUAAUGGUCGGUGGCUUCAGUAUAGCUGUAGGGAUCGUACGUUUUCAAACCAAGGGCUUUAUGUUGCAAAUACCAAUGGUAACCAUUAUGAGACAGUUGUCUGUGUACAACAACCUCAGACACAUGUGUGUUACGGUUACUGCAAAGUGAAGGCAUCCUUUUCAGAUGGGUACAAUUUGAGACGGCAGAAUUGUGAUGAUGCAAGUGCUGCUUUAAACAGUUUAAAACUUAACACUUUACUUGAAACAGAAGUAAAAUGUGAGCUAACUAAAGAGGAGGCACAUGUCAGUCAAAAUACUUGCUCUACAGGAAAACAUUCAUUUUCAAAGUAUUUAAAAAGUAGAAGGACUUCAGUAUAUAGACUUAAGUAUCACAUGCUUUAUAAGGAGAAGCUAAAAUUAGUAAGAAAAGAAGUAUAUCGAGAAAAUGUGUUGCAUAGAGA